AUGGCUGCACUUCUGCUAAAUCAGAUUAAGGAGCUCUUAGACCGCCAUAACGAUGCCCUUCUGAAUACAAUCGCCGAGGCUUUCAAGCCCCUUAUAGCACAUUCUGCUACCCUGGGCGUUUUGUCUAAUUUUGAGGAGAAGUACCCAGAAAGAGCAAUUACCCCGCGAAAGCCGCCAUCUUGGACGACUACAUCGGAGCAUCCAUCCCUGCUACACGACAAGGUGGAAACAGAAAGGCAGUGUGCUAGUGAUAUGCCGGUCACUGCUGAGGAACUAUUAGACCUACAUUCGCAAACUCCCUACAGUACAUCUAGUGAAAAGUCACCUCCAGAUAUUCCCCGGAACGCUUCAGUGCGGAUUGAGCCACGUGAACAGCGGAGGUCUUUUGACGGCUUGAUAAUAUACCGGAGCCCAUAUGAGGUAAUCGGGGUAUCUUAUAGAGCAGAAUCUGAACUGAUGGGUCUCUCAGCUUAUGUCACUCCCCUUCAUCUGGCAAGUCGGGACAUUUGCCCUGCAAAGCUGGUACUAAACUUACAGCUGGCUACAGAAAAGCCCUCAGCCUUACGGUCUGGAAUAGUAUUUCAACAAAAUUUGAUUGCACUAUCCAACGGCUCAAGUAAAUGUCACUGUUCCACUUGGGGAGCAAAUCACUUUCUGACCUUUGAUAAUGAUUUAUAUGAGUUUUCUGGUUCGUGCAACUAUAUCCUUGCCAGUGACUGCCAAAACACAGUUCCUGAUUUCAAUGUUCAGGUGCAACGGGAAGGAGGAAAUUCCAUUAGUCGGAUCAUCAUUAGCGUGGGACCAAUCGAUGUGGUGGCCCAAGGAGGUACCAUCACUGUAAUGGGGAGGAAAGUGAAAUUGCCCUACAACACAAAUGGAAUUGAAAUUGCAAAGAUGGGUGCGAUGACACAGCUGCUAGUGAAACAAAAGGACUUUGAACUGGUAGUGUCAUGGAGUGCUGAUGACAAUCUUAUGGUUGAAGUAGACAGGAAGUACAUGAACAGAACCUGUGGUCUCUGUGGGAACUUUAAUGGGAUUCACAUGGAUGACUUCCUGGUAGACGGAAAGCUGGUGAAGCCAUAUCAGUUUGCUAACUUGCAGCAAGUAGAUGACCCAGGUGUGACAUGUCUUCUCCAACUGCCACAGACCAAAAAGACAUACAGCAACAAAUAUAUUAGUGAAUGUUAUCAUCUGCUGGAUAUGGUGUCUGAAUCCUGCCUAGUACCCAAAGCUCUGUUUGUGAAUAUGUGUCAGAAAGACAUGCAGACCUGUGAUACUCCAGGAUACAAGACCUGUGCGUGCCCCACUCUCUCACAAUACUCCAUACAAUGUGCCAUGCUUAACCAGCCUAUAAACAACUGGAGAAGAAAUAAACUGUGUGCCUUGGAGAAGUGCCCGGCCAACCAGAUCUACAAAGAGUGUGGAGCUCCGUGUACACCAACUUGCUCUAACCCACUCUACACCUGCUCAUCACACUGCGUGUAUGGCUGCUUCUGCCCUCCAGGCACUGUCCUUGAUGACCUAUCAAAGAACAACACCUGCAUCCCCAUCAGUGAAUGUCCCUGUGCAAUCAAUGGCAAAAUCUACUUCCCAGGACAACAUUACCAAUCUGACUGCAGCAACUGUCAAUGCCAGAUGGGUCAGUGGAACUGCACCAAAACACCAUGCCCUGGAAGAUGUUCCAUUGAGGGAGGAUCAUAUGUAACAACCUUUGAUUCGAACCUGUAUCGUUUCCACGGAUCAUGUGUUUACGUUUUGGUUACAAGUCAAUACCUACCUGAUAAGGGAACCAUCAUGGGAACGUUUGAGAAAUGUGGAAUGAGUUACUCAGAAACCUGCCUGACCAAUGUGAUCUACACCUCUUCAAAUGGAGCGAUAAUAUUAUCCAAACAUGAACAAAUCACAGUGGACAGUCAGCUAAAGAUGCUUCCUUAUGUUACUGAUGAGCUUGUUGUGAUCAGAGAGUCUUCUACGCACAUCGUUCUAUACACAUCGUUUGGAUUGGAGAUUGUGGUGCAGAGAGUCCCGGUGCUGAGCAUCUAUAUUAAACUGGAGAGGGAAUAUUUAGGCAGCACCAGAGGUCUUUGUGGAAAUUUUAAUGGCGAGACAAUGGAUGACUUUUUGUCUAGCUCUGGCAUUGUAGAAGGAACAGUCACAUCAUUUGCCGAUUCUUGGAAGGCUGCUUCAAAUUGCAAACAUGCACAUAAUAUGGAUAUUAACCCUUGUUCCAUGAGCCUCUCUAAUGAAAUCUAUGCAGAAAGUCACUGUUCUGCCUUGGUGAAGCAAGGGACGCUAUUUGAGAAGUGCCACACAUUGGUAGAUGCUGAUCCUUUUUACAAGAGAUGUGUGUAUGAAACCUGCAAUUACCAGGAGACCUACAGUUUUAUCUGCUCAGCGUUAGGUUCGUACGCCAGGGCCUGCGCUGCCAAAGGGCUCGUCUUGCGGAACUGGAGAAGUGAAACCAACUGCACAAUUGCGUGUUCUGGUAACCAGACGUACAGUUACGACACCAAUUCCUGUGGUCGGACAUGUCUGUCGCUCUCUAACCUACAGCUGGAGUGUUACCCUAAUGAUAUCCCUAUUGAAGGCUGUAAUUGCCCACAUGGGUAUUACCUGGAUAACAAGGAGAAUUGUGUUCCCAAAUCCCGCUGCCCGUGCUACUUGGAUGAGACUACGGUCAUCAUGCCUAACCAACAGACCAUCUACAAUGGCCUUACAUGUUACUGCGGAGCUGGGAAGCUAAACUGCAUCGGAAGAACGCUAGAUUUUGCUGAGACUUGUCCAGAACCCAAGGUGAUGAAGACUUGUGGGUCCAUGUCGGAUAAAUAUGGAGCUGCUUGUGCCCCUUCGUGCCAGAUCCUUGCAACUGGUAUCAGCUGUAUACCAACCAAAUGUGAGGCUGGCUGUGUAUGCCCGGACGGAACUUAUGAGGACUUUGAUGGUAACUGCGUAGCAGAAGCAGAUUGUUCCUGUGAAUUUGGUGGAAAUAUCUAUAGAAAUGGGGAGUCUAUGCAGACUGACUGCCAGAGCUGCGACUGUAGAGGAGGCCACUGGUACUGUGAACAGAACUUGCAUUGCGCAUCUACCUGCGUGCUAUAUGGAGAGGGACACAUGAAAACCUUUGAUGGGCAAUACUUUGUAUUCGAUGGAAACUGUGAAUAUACCCUAGUGACGGACGGUUGUGGAGUUAACAACUCAUUGUCAGCAUUUAAGGUGGUAACAGAAAACGUCAUCUGUGGCACUACUGGAGUCACCUGCUCUCGGUCCAUCAAUGUCUACAUUGGGACCACAGAACUGAAGAUGUUUGAUGGAAAGUAUACCAUUAACCCUAACAACACUGAGAAUAUCACAGUACAAAAGAACAGACUGUUCAUAGUGUUUGAUAUUACCAUUCCAAACAAGUUCAUCAUCUCCAUUCUCUGGAACAAGGACAUUAAUGUCUUCAUCAGGAUCUCCAAGCUUAGUACGGAUGCUGUUUGUGGUCUGUGUGGAAACUACAAUGGGAAUUUGAAGGAUGACUAUGAGACUAGAAGUAGAUUUGUGGCCUCUAUUCAGCUAGAGUUCAUCAACUCAUGGAAAGAGAGACCGACCUGUGAUGAUGUCAGCUUUGCUGUGAGUCCUUGUGACCAGAACCCCUAUCGCAAGGCUUGGGCGGUGAAACAGUGCUCUAUUAUCACCGGCAAAACAUCUCCCUGCCAUGCUAAGGUUGACUAUAUGAAGUACUACCAAGAUUGUAUGCAUGACGCAUGUGGUUGUGACACAGGAGGGGACUGUGAGUGCUUGUGUAACAUUGUUCAGGCCUAUGCCUCAGCCUGUUUAACUGCUGGAGUCUGUGUUGACUGGAGAACCCCAACAUUUUGCCCAACAUAUUGUGAUUAUGACAAUGCCCAUAUAACCACUGAUAAUGGCGAUGAACUUACUGGUGAUGUGAACUGCACAUGGCACUACCAGCCUUGCCAGUGCCCGUAUGCCCUGCAUAUGUAUCCAUACCACAACUCUGAAGGUUGUUAUGUUCACUGCAAUCAUGACCACUACUAUGACACAAACAAGAAGACUUGUGUGCCAUGUGCUUUCCGACUUAGCUCUUGGCUAAAAUCCUGGGGUCUCCCCAAGCAAGACUUGAGAUCUCUCUCCAAAUGGGAGACAAAGUGGCUUCAGGGACAUAGCCUUAAACACGCUCUGUCCUUCCAUUAUAAUCUCAUCCUUGGACGUACCACUCUCCAUAAAAUAUCCCAACAUAAAGCUUGGGAAAAAGAAGUUUCACAGCUGACAAAGGAAGCUCUUACAAUCUAUCUCCUCAUGGCCACAAAACUGGCUAUUGCCCGAUCAUGGAAAAAUGAAGACCCUCCUCCUACAUCACAGGUUCUUUCUGUUGUGAACUAUAUCAAACAGAUGGAACUAUAUUCCCAUAGACUCUUGGAUAAAACUGCUUUUUAUUAUGAGGUCUGGUACCCUUGGAUGGAAACCUUCUCGGACUAG